AUGCCUCGAGCGACAGAUGCAAUGACUUCUGACUCGGAUGCGGACAUGUCGCGCGCGAAACAGAAGAAGGAGUACUCAUCCAAGAAGAAUCGCGUAUCCUCUUCAGAGCCCGACCUCGCGUCAGAGAAUGAAGAGGCAACUGGAGAGGAGGGCGACGAGCAGGAGGAGGAAUAUGAGAUUGAGGAGGUCAUGGAAUCCCAAAAAGGUUAUUUUGGUGAUGGCAAAUUUGGCUAUUUCGUGAAAUGGAAAGGCUACCCCUCUGAGGACAACAGCUGGGUGCACGAGGAUGAUGCAGCGACCUCAUCAAUAAGUAUUGGGAAAAACAAGCGCAAAGCCAGCAAGGGUGGUCCCCGCAAGUCCACAGAUACUGGCAGACCUAAAACCGGCCGUAAAUCCACCAUUGUAGAGGAGACUCGAGAGCCCACGCUCUCCGCAAAGAAACGUAGUAGGCCGAAGAAAGCAGACCAGGAGGAGCAGUCGGAGAAGGAGCAGGAAGCCAGCAGCGAGGACGACGAUGCUAGAGCAAAGAAAAAACCACGUAAGAGCCAAGGGGCUUCUGCGAAAAAGGUCACGAAACAGCUGGCUGAAGAUGAAGAGGUGGUCACUUUCGGUAGUAUGAAGAAGCACAUGACUAUUGCAAGUUGGGAGAACCUUGUUGAAACCAUCGAUACAAUCGAACGCGGAGACGAGGGUGACCUCUAUGUGUACUUCAAAAUAAAGCACAGCGAUGUCCGAAUGCGGGAAGUUUCCCGACUUUGUGCUCAAAAGUUCCCUCAGAAGCUCAUCAAGUUCUACGAGUCCAAUCUACGAUGGAGGAUCGACGGCGAAGAUGCAAAUUAA